AAUCAUACACGAACCGAUCAGGUGAUCUCUUUCGAUCUGGAUCAUCAGAUUUCUUUGACGUGAGGUUUUCCUCGAUAGAACCACUCGGGAUCUAUAAGCCAGACGACAUCGGAGAUUUAUCUCCCUCUGCAAGUUGGAAAAAUCGGAUUGCACACCUAAUAUCAACGAUGUAUUGAGUAAACCGUAUUGUAAGUAGGGGGCGGGGUAAAAGGGGAGGUGGUACCUCACGUAACUCGCAUCCCCCUCCCCUCUUGAUACGCACUGAACAGGGGAUGGAAAGGCCUUGCGCGAGCCGAGACAGGUGGCGGACUUGCUGUGUAUAUCUAACCGCGCGUAGCCUAGGAAGUGCGCACAUGGUCAAUGCUUGUCAAACAACAUGGCCGACGACAGUACCUAAGAAGCACCAUCGCUUGUUGAAGUGUGUAGCAUGGAGCUAAACCCAGCUACUAUCGGCCAGUCGUCGACUCCCAGUAAUAGCAACGGCACCAUCCCUCCGCCAGUUGGGGCUUUUAACGGAAAUCCAGCAGAACAGCUGGAAGCCAAUGAUGAGGAUGCUCUUGCUAAUUGGAAUCCCAUGGCUGAGGAUUAUACAAAUGCAGCUUUUAACGCUUAUGCUGUGCCAACCAUAGCAGAGCUUAAAAAGCAUAUCCCAAGAAAAGGAAAUUUAACUUCUUUAGAAGACCAACCACAGUGCAGGAGUGAAGAUGGUGAUGUCCGCCUGUUUAUUAAUGGGAUACCAACAUCCAUGACACAAGAGGGCCUUAGAGGACUGUUUGAUAAGAUAGGAGAAGUUGUGUACUGUCGCGUGGUGCGACCCCGGGAAGCAGAUCAGCAGACCACAUUUGGGUUUGUUGGUUUCUCUUCUUAUCGUGAGGCAGAGCAUGCAAUUCGCAAGUUUGAUGGCUUUGAUCUAGGACAAGGCCUGAGACUCCGGGUGCAACUGAGUAAAAAGAGAAAGAGUGAUGGACUUGACAGGAUCUUUCCUGAUAACAUCCCCCUGAUAGGACAUAGUGAUGUUGCAGGGGAGGCAACUAGCGAAGAAUGGGAGUUGCCUAGCCAACCAACAUUACGGAAACUCACUGUUGAGGAACUUGACAGAAUUACAGCUGAAGGUGAGAAAGCUGCACAAGCAUUUGGUCAAGCAGACCAACAGGUAGCACCCUUGCCGCAAUUCCAGGUUCCAGGAAAAGCAGACCAACAGGUAGCACCACAAACCAAAGCACAGCCUGAAGUUGAAAAACCAGCUGAGAAUAAAAUGCCUUGCACAAACUGUGGCAAGCUUGGUGGCAAAAAAUGCACAGCAUGCAAAAUCCCUUACUGUAGUCGCAAGUGCCAGCAACAACACUGGCCCCAGCACAAGACCACAUGUACCUGGAAAAUAUCUACCACCUAUACUCCAGAGGCACACAGCACUGAAACCAGUACCCAGAAUGUUAGUCAACACAAUGGCCACAUAGACAGCACCAUUAGUACAAAGGGGAAUGACCAGCUCUGCCAAAGCGACACCUCAGGUGCUUCCACUCCCAGUGCACCAAUUUUGGUUAAUGGUUUCCAGGAAAGCUCACCACGAACUUCUGACAGUCAAUCGGAUCAGAAACCCUGGUCAUCUGAAAUCCAAACUCCAGGUAGCUACAAUGGUGCUGUUAACUGGGAUGAAAUGGAAAUAAGUAACAUUGACAAGUUUGCAGAUCUUCUUGGUAUCCCUGUUCCUCCAGAUGAAGACAAGCCAGGGUUACCUUCCAUUACCGAUGCACAAUCACCUGUGCAAGGCUCUCUCAAUAGUCAAAAUGCUAUCAGCCCAGUUACCACCCCUACAGCUCCAGUGGAAAGGGAAGAAGGAAGCAGAAGUCCUGAUCACGCUCUGUGUAGUAAUAGAAGUCCAGUUAGUAGCCCUCUAGCACACACUACUCCUACCUCCACUGUUCCACGGGAGCAUUUAAAGAAUGCUAGCCCAAGCCAGAUAGUUGAGGAGCCAGUGUCACUAGUCCAUGAUGUGCCUACAGAAGAUCGCCAUAGUCCUGUCAAGAGUUUUGGUGGCAAUAGUCCAGUAUCUAGGGUAAAAGAAGAAAUACCAAGGGCUUUGAUCCCAAGUCCAAAUACUGCACCAAAUAUGCUGACAAGCCCAUCAUCAGAUACUCCUUUUUCUGAAGAUAAUUUUGAAGAACAUAGAAUGUCAAGCCCACAAGUACGGGAAAGUACUUGUUUGUCUCAGCCUCAAGUCCCUUCGACUCAACAGCAGAAAGCAAUAACUGGAAGCCCUUUACUGUCACAAAGAGUUUCUCCGCAUCAAUUUUCUGUGAGCCCAUCUCAUGGAACUAAGGCAGCCAGUCCUCCUAUGACAAGUUACUCUUCUACGGGUGUACACUCCAAGUCACCUUUGGCAUCAAGCCACUAUGACCUUGAAGGUACUGUGCUGCAGCCUAUGAAGUCACCAUCACAGGUAUUGCAAACACCCCCCAAAUCACCUGUCAGCGUGCCCCAAAGAUGUAGUCCAGCUAAUCUUCAGCAAAGAGGACCUGCUGAAAAUAUAGAUCAGCUACCAAGACCUAAACCUUACAAGCGCUUCUAUGCUAAGGAUACUCCCUAUGAAGGCACUCCAAAUGGGCCGUUUGGAAUAAUCGCAACAGAAGUGGAGUCACCUACACUGUUUUAUGUUCAAGUGUGCGAAGAAGAGGCAACAAAGCGAGUACAACAGCUGUUCUUCGCUCUACAGCAGUAUCAAGGUUCCCCUUAUGACAACUAUGUCCCAUCAGCAGGCGAACUUUGCAUUGCACAGUUUACUGAGGACAACAGUUGGUACAGAGCCAAGGUAAUCUAUAUCGGCAACAACGGAUUGUUUAGGGUGUUAUAUGUGGACUUUGGAAACAGUGAGGAUAUUGAGGCAAACAGGCUGCGUCGGAUCACAGAGGACUUAGCACAUAUCCCUAUCCAAGCCUUGAAAUGUUCUUUGGAUUUCAAAGAUCCAAAGCUUACGGCUAGGGAGUGGACAGCAGAGGCGAUCAGCACCUUUAAAACCUUGAUUGUUGGCAAAAGGCGUGAAGCUGAAGUAAGAUCACAGACUGGUGUGAUGACCAGACUUGAAAUCUUUAACAUUGAUGGACUGGCUAAGCUGAGCGAAUUCUUCUGUGAUGAGAGUUUUGCUGUCAAGGCUGUCCCGGAGAAGGAUGGAACCACAAAUAAGACACAGAAGGAUGGAGCCACAGAAGAGUUCACUCUGACAACAAACACAGAAAAAGUCUUGACUCUACCACCAACACAGGCUUCAGCACAACUCCUAGAAGCAUCACCUCAACCCAGAGAAGAGCUCAGCGAAUCACUUGCUUUGGAUAUCCCAUUAGAGGGCGAAUCAGCAAUUGAGUACUAUCUAAGACAGCAGCCGGCAGAUGACCAUAGUCAACAAAGUAACGUAGAAGAGCAGGCAAUGGCCGCCACCCAUAAUCGCAAAGUGAAUCAAGAAAGUAGCACUCAUGACCACCACAUGCCUCGAGAUGUCCGUGAAACACGCUCACCCCUUACAUCUACAAGUGCUGACUCGUGGCUAGCUCUAAACCCUGCAUUUGAGGUCUUGAUCAUGCAUGCUUCAAGCCCAUGGAAGUUCUUCGCCAAAAAAAUGGAUCCGAAAUUGGAUGCAGACUUGGAGAACUUGGAAAAGGAGCUCGGAAACCACUGCAACACCACUCCAAAUCAACCUGACCUGAAGCUGGUACCUGAUCAGCCGUGUGCUGCAUUUGUGAAUAAUUCCUGGCAUCGCGCAAAAGCCACUGGGUUGCCGAGUGCUGGAUAUAAUGUGUACCUCGUGGACAAAGGAAUGACAUACGUGGUUAAGAAUGACUGUAUCCGCGACAUGCCAGCAAAGUUCCUCAGCAUGUCUCCCCUGAUUAUGAAGUGUAAACUAGCAUUUGUGCGGAAGCCAAAGACUUCAAAUAAGUGGUCUCCAGAAGCCAAGAACAGAUUUGUUGAGCUUGUCUUGAACAAAAAAUUCCUUUGCCGAGAAAUCACUGAUGUUUAUGGCAGCCAUAUUGUGGACCUCUUAGGUGAUGGUGAGGAAUCUGGUGCUGUGGCUAAGGUGCUUAUCAGCGAAGGACUGGCUGAUCAGUACACCAAAGAUGUGCCCUUUAAAAAACAGCAAGUCUCAAGUGUGGUUGCUGCCAACAUGAAUGCCUUAUCCACGCCUGGCAUUCCUGUUGAAGGUUCCCUUGUCAAAGUCAUCACCACGGAGGUCAUCUCGCCCUCCCAUUUCUACGUGCAUGUCUGUGACCACAAGACCCAGCAAGACCUGCAUGACCUCACUACAAAGAUGAACGCGCAUUACAACACGGCUCCUCCAUCCACCCACUGGCAGCCGCAUGUUGAUGAGCUUUGUGCUGCGUCAACUAAAGGCACCUGGUCGAGAUGCAUCGUUGAAAACGUCAUGCCUGGAAGAGCUGCAAAGGUUUUCUUCGUUGAUUAUGGUAACACGGAGAUGGUUGGCUUACCGGCUCUACAGCCCCUUGCUGAGCAGUUCACCACGUUACGGUAUUGUGCUGUCAAGGCCUCUUUACCAUACCUGACUUGGAACGAGGGCACUGACUGGUCUAGCAAAGCCAUCGAACUCUUCAAAGCCAAGCUACCAUUGUCUUGUCCUGUUAAUGCAAAUGUCAUCAAGAAAGGGAAGGUGAUCGUGUUUCUGGAAGUGAUCGACUCCACAUCUCAGCGAUUUAGCCCUGUUUCACUGCUAUUGGUUGAGCAAAAUGUCGCCAAGUGUACUCUAACGGGAGGCGUGGACGCAUAUAGACGCAGAUUCUUGAGUAAUACAUCUCGGAGCAGCCAAUCCACUACAAAGUCUCCUGACACUAAGACUCGACCGACUGCUAUCACAUCAGCAAGGCUACCGCAUCUCAAAAAGCAUUUUACUGGACUAGUAACAGAGAUAAUGAACCCGGGCGAGUUCUACAUCCAACUAGCAGACCUGCAAAGUGCACAGAAGCUGGUAGCGUUGUCGUCCGACAUGGAUAAACACUACAAGUCAACAAAUCACGUCGAGUUUACCCCAGAGGUGAAAACAGUGUGUGCAGCAAAGUACAGCGAGAGUGGAGAAUGGUAUCGUGCCAUUGUCGAGACCCGUAAUCCAGAUAGGACAGCCGGUAUUUUCUACGUGGAUUUUGGCAACCGUGAGACACUUCCAUUGACAAGUUUGCAGCCGUUAAAGGAACAGUUCUCACAUCUUCCUCACUACGCCUAUCGCUGUUCAUUAGCCCAUGUGCGUCCUCUUGAUGAUGCUUCCUGGUCGGACGAGGCGGUAAAAGUCUUCAAAGACAAAGUACCAUUGAAUAGCCAGCUUGACAUAAAGAUUUUGUACAAAAAUCCAGAAUUCUUGGUUGUCGAUCUCUAUGUUGAUAAAGAGCAAGUAGGCAGAACGCUUCAAGAGGCAGGACUUGUUGGGUUUUUCAAGAAAGGGCGUGAAGCUCCUACAAAACCAAAGGAUCCCAAGUUUGACAUCCAGAGGACUGCCGUGGAUUCUGCAGUUUUACCUCCCCCAAAAGAAGAAUUUGAUGCGAUAGUAACUGAGAUCAUCAGCCCAGCGUGUUUCUACAUUCAGACUGGGGUAGAGUUACUUAAACAGCUAGACGUGCUAUCGGCCGACCUUAACAAUCAUUACAAUAGCGUUGGGUACCCAUCUUAUCAACCCUGCGAGUUCAGUAUGUGCGUGGCGCCAUUCGGGUCGAGUACUGACUGGUUCAGAGGUUUUGUCGAGUCUGUAACACCCAAUUGCACUGCCCGUGUUUACUUUGUGGACUUUGGGAAUACUGCUGAUGUGCCUAUUUCUCAACUCCGCCCGAUUGACGACAGGUUCUCAGCCCUGCCAUACUGUGCUCUGAAGUGUUCGCUUGCGUACAUAUCACCGGUAGGCUCAGAUGGCUGGAGUGAGGAAGCAGUCUCGCUCUUAAAAUCUGCGAUCCCAUUGGAGAAGGUUCUAAAGAUGAAGCUUGUUUCAAAGAAAGAAGAUGGUCUUAUCGUUUGCGUCAGCACGGAGGGAGACAAUGUGUCAAACCUACUUAUAAAGGGAGGACUUGCGGGUGACAUCACUAGUGGCAAACUAAUAUCGAGAGGCGACGAUAUCAAGUCACCAAGAGAGAAGAUUUCUAAGAGAGGUAGUAGUAAAAACCAUGAGGUUCUGAAAGGUUCCUUUUCCUCUGCGGGAUAUGGGAAGGAAGGUGUGUCUUCAGGAGCACAACAUCAGCAAGGGGCAGAUGUGCCCAAACAGGCUACCAAUGAAACUCCCAAUCGUCACCCCGAAAUCAAACCACAAGAACAGCACCUUGGUGGAGAAGGACUGCAGAGACCAACUAAUCGUCACGAAGCGGUAGAUGCUACUCAACAUGCUUCAAGCGAGGUUCAAGUGUACAACACUGUAGAAAACCCCCACACUAAAUUUCAGGCAACUGUCAUUACACCGGAAAUAGCAAAAUCAGCUCCUGUCUCCAUCGCUGCCAACAAGCCGUUUAUUCGACCAUCUCAAGACCAACAGGUUAUGCCCCCGCUCAUAUCUGGCAUUCAAGCCAUGUGUGAAACGUCGCCUAAAGAACAAGCCAUUGCGUCUGCUAACCUCCCAGCAGUCGGAGAAACCUUCCAACUCAUUGUAACAGACAUGAAUACCCCAUCUGAUUUCUCCAUCCAAAUAGCUGAUUUGGAAAUGGCACGGAGUCUCGCCGAAUUGACAAGAAACAUGGAAUUUCAUUACACCAGUACACAGUAUCCCCCAUUCUAUGCUGUACCGGGAAUGAUAUGCGCGGCUCAGUUUACAUUGAACAACAAAUGGUACCGUGGCUACAUCGAGAGUUGUGAUGGUGGAAUUCAAAUCUAUUAUCCUGAUUACGGCAACACCGAGAUCAUAGAUGUCUCUCGCCUUAGGCCUCUAGAACAGAACUUCUUGUCUCUUCGCUUUAGUGCUCUGAAGUGUGCCUUAUCUGAUAUGGAUGAGCAAGAGCAGUGUGGGUGGACGCAGGACACAGUCCAGCACUUCAGAUCAAGCAUCCCACUAUACUGUGUUCUUAACGCAAGUAUCGCCCGCAAAGAGAAGGACCAUCUGGUAAUAGACGUUGUAGUGGAAGGAAGAGGUUCUGUGAGCGAGCUACUACGGAGCAACUACGCUAAAAGGCAGAUUGUUCAGGUGAUUGAUAGUGAUGCCCACUUACCACUCAAGCUUAACAACUCAUCAUCCCACUCAAGCCUUGACAACAUACCAAAUACAGGUCAGCUCUCCAUGGGCAAAACUUUGAAGACACAAGUACCUUUGGAUAUCCCGACUGAAAACCUAGUACUAAGUAGACUCCCCUCAGGGGACUUGGCCCCAAGGGAUUUCCCCUCAAGAAACCAAGUACCCGUGCAUGUUACACAGCCUCAAGCGCCAACUCAAGUUGCCGUCCCUGUGCCAUACAGACCUGUUCUCAUCAGUGCCGUUCCCCAAGUUUCUCUGCCUUCACAGGAGUUCUUCUCGGUCUUGGUAUCUGACAUCAACUCAUCGGGGGUAUUGUCUUUACAGAUCAUCACUGUUGAGAAUGUUCGAGGCCUGCUUAAGAUGUCCGAUGACCUCAACACACACUGUGGGAACGUGGACCACGAGGUAUACCAUCCUAACGUGGGCGAGAUGUGUUGUGCGUUAUUCAGCGAAGAUGGGUGCUGGUACAGGGCUGUUGUUGACCAAGUGCUACCUGACAGUCAGCGGCAAGUGACAUUCGUUGACUUUGGGAACCAAGGUGUGUCAGCACCCCAAUGUCUGAGAAGGAUUCCUGAUAUGUUCCUGAAUCUACCAAGACAGGCGCUCUCUUGCACAUUGACCGGGCUUAAUCCAGGAGAAAUUCUUGAUGAAAAGAUAACAAACCACCUUCAAGUAAGGGCUCUAAACCAGCAACUUCUUGCACGUGUCGUAUCAUCAGGAGAAUCCGGAUUGUGUGUCGAGCUCUUUGAAGACAACAACUCUAGCCCGGGGGCACACAUAAACAAAGAAUGUGUGGACCUUCUACCCAACAUCCAACUAAAACCGGUUGUCGUCUUCCCUCAGCAGUCAAGCUUUGAAGUUACAGUGUGUGAAGUCAGGAAUCCUAGUGAAAUCUGGGUUCAGCAAACAGAGACCCUCCCUGCGUUAGCGACUCUGAUGGCUGAGAUCGCAAGCUACUGUGAUGGUAAACCAACAGGUCUACCUGGUCCCCCUGCUCAAGGGGAUUUCUGUCUAGCCAAGUUCAGCUUUGACGAUACUUGGUACCGUGCUAAGGUCUUACAUUGCGACAGCAGUUUUAGCAUCACGGUACAGUACAUCGACUAUGGAAACUCUGAAACUUUAAUGCUGGACCGAGUGAUGGAGCCGCCUUCGCAGUUUCUUCAGCUUCCUCCCCAGGCUCUGCCGUGCUACCUUCCUGGAUUGGACUGGGGCGAAGCAGCGAGCGAGUGGAUUCAACAGAUUGAGAAUCGCCAGCUGAUUUUGAAGGUGAUCGAGCGAAGGGAUGAUGCCAUUGGAGUAGAGCUUGAAGAUCACGGAGUUGAAGGAGGACCGGUCAAUAUAGGAGAGUUCUUGAUUGACUUUGGUUACGCCACCAAGAAGGGAUACAUCUGAGGCGAUCACAAUUGAAAAAGGACUGGUCGAUAUAAGGGAGUUGCUGGUGGACUUUGGUUACGCUACCAAAAUGGGUUUGUUCUGAUGCGAUCACUGUUUAAAAAGGACAGUCAAUAUGGGGAAGUUCCUGGUGGACUUUGGUUGCUUGACCAAAAAGGACUAACGCUAAGUUCAACGUCGUAUUAUCCAUGAGCCGUAUUCAAUGCAAACGAAUCGAGUCGAUUGUUUCAUCUUCAUUUGCAUGCAUUUUCGGGGGCGGAAGAUGAAUUAUGAAUUAUGGCUGUAAAAUGAUUGGGAAUAAUGAAUUAUUGGUUUCAAAACUAAAGGAAUAAUGAAUUAUAAAGUUUAUCCAAAGAAUAAAUUAUAAGAAUAAAUCCGAUUAAAAAAUCAGAAUUAAGAAUUAUGAAUUAUUGAUGUCAUAUAUGAUGACAUGAAUGAUGAAUUAUCGAAAUAAAAUAAGCUGGAAUAAUGAAUUAUGGCUUGUAAAUAAUUCAUCUUCAUGGCUAAUACGACGUUUAGACUUAGCCUCAAUCGGAGACAAUCACUACGCAAUUUCCCAAUAGAUUUAUUGUUCUAUUGGGGAUAGGGAAAUACUUAUUAGUGCUGAAACAUUACUAAGUAAAUUCAAAAUCCGUUCAUGAGCGUCCACUGCCUCAAAGGAAAAUGUAUUGAUGUAUGUUCAGCACAUUUAGACAUGUAAUAGUCAAUCAGAUAAUAUUACCGAUACAUAAUUUGGAGAACUAUACAAUAUGCAGUAAAGAUCCGGCUAUCGCCCGUAUUAUCUUACCCGGAUGAGUUUACAAUCUGAUAGCCGUGCUGUAGUGCUGCUACCUUCAACGGGGCUCUGUCCACGUGUACACUGUGCCUGUCGAGGGCGUACCCUUGAUGGCAACAGGGUUUCUCGCACGACCUGACAUUACCCCACGCUAUGGACUGCCAAUGUUGGUAUCACCACAUGAAACAACGGACGUGAAAUCGUUGCCGGGGAAAAAGGACGCCAAUGCGAAAAAACACGUAGACCAUACAUUAUUAUGAUAUGACAGAUUUAAAGUCAGCUAUUCUGAAUUUGGUCGAUGGGUUUGAAAUGUGAUAAUGCUUGAUCAGUAUUACUUUUAUUGUUACGUUUUGGACAUAUAGUUAAUGAAGACGUUAUGAAAUUCCAUGCUACAUAUCUACCCAAACGGGGGAAAAAUUUUAAAAAAUAAAUAUUGGUCAAUCACGUUUUUGAAUGGUGGAUGUUUCCCAAGUUUUCGCCGCGUAUAAAGGGCCAAUUGUGCCAAAGCUUUUUUUCAAUGACAACUCAUAGUUGGCCAAUGGUAGUUAGAACAAAAUGUUAUGAAGAGAGAAGUGUUUUGAUUAAAGCUGCGUUUACUCUUGA